AAAUCGAAGGGGUUGCUCUCGUGAGAUCUCAUCCAAAAUAUCCACCUACGUCAGCGCAAUGACUACCGAAGCCUCAAAGCCGACUGAGGAGAUGGAGAAACAAUCCGAGGCCGAUGCAACGGAAGAGCAUCGUCACAAAGAACUCGAACGGGGCGAGGAGCGAGAGGAGCAGUCGCAGGAAACAAAGGAGAGCCGAGGACGAAAGAAAUUGACGGUCGAUAGGGAGAAGACGUGUCCGUUUUUGGUGCGCAUGUAUGUUAGCACGAAAGGGGAUUUGCGUGUGGAAGAUCUGGAACGGGAUGGUUUGCCCGAGAGAGACGAACAUCUGGUUUACACCUGGAAAGAUGCUACGCUACGGGAACUUGCGUCCCUCUUACAAACAACGUACCCUGCCGCGAAACCCCGCGAAGUCCGUAUCAGCUUCCGGGCAAUAAGCCGCGUAUCCACCCGUCCCCUCCAAUUCCGGUGCAUUCCUCUAGGCAAUGUAUUCAAUUUUCGGUCUUCGUACGACGACACCAAAACCCUAAGUGACCUGCGCUUUGUGGUUGGGGACGCGGUAUUAGUUAGUAUUGCACCUACGGAGCCUGGGCAUCCGGAGAGAAGAGAGAGCGGAUCUGCUGUUCCGUUUAGGAGACCGAGUGGGAGGGAUGAAGGUUUUGGCGGAUUUAGGGGUGACCGAUUUAGUUCUGAUCGUGACCAGCGGAGGUUUGAUCCGUAUAGACGCCCAAAGAGUUCGUUUGAAGGAAGACGGAGUGGAACAGAGUCGAGGGAUCUUCCGAGGUACGAGGAAAGAGGGUUUGAUCGGAGGAGAUCCAGUGCUCGGUGAAAAGGGGGACGACGCGUGUUUGGAGAUAGUGCUGGUCCGGCUAUUGAAUUUGGUUGAUUAAUUGCAGUAAUUCAGACUAGUCUUGGCUCUGAUUGCAAAGUCCACAUUUGGUGACCUGAAAAGUCAUAUCUUUUGUAGCCAUGAGACAGAGACAAGGGUCUGGUUGUUCACUUUAUAUUAUUACUUCAAAC